ACUAAGAACUGCGAAAGUCGUCUCCACACGAGAUCUUGCGCCGGUGCCUCUCUUUUACGCGGAAUUGGACGGAUCGGUGGAUGGCCUCGCACUGAAGAAGAAUGCGAUUAGCUUGUAUAGUUUCGGGCUCUCAAUCUUCAACUUUAUUUGAUUAACGGAAGUGAAGAAACGAGAUCCGAUCUCAAUCUCUGAGAUCCGUCCUCUCUUGCAAGGUUUUCCGAGGGCUUGUUGAUUGAUUACUGGGGCUUCCUCUGCUGUUUGUUGUUGUAUAUUGAGAUUUGAAUCGGAAUUUUCAGAGGUUCGGAUUCGAAAACCAUGGGUUUGCUCUCAAACCCUCGGGUUGGUUGGUGCGCUCGCUACCUCGUUGCUCUCUCAUUCUUUGUUCUUCUACUGGUUGUUCCUUCCGGUUAUGCUCUGGACUCCCUGGAUAAGACCAACAAUGACGAGUUGAACGGACCCGUUAAAGAUCUCGGCCGGCGUAGCAAAAUUAUUCUCGGGAAACUUGGCGAUUCCACAAGCUACAGCGGCGAUCCCAGAUCCCUUGGUCUCGAUUUAGAUUCCACUGGACCCGGAAUCUUUGAUGCGCUCUUUGCAAGUCUGUCCAUGAUUCUUGUCAGUGAGAUUGGUGACGAGACUUUCAUAAUAGCAGCUCUUAUGGCUAUGCGUCACCCUAAAGCAAUUGUUCUGUCUGGUGCUCUCAGUGCCCUGUUUGUAAUGACAGUCCUUUCCACGGGUCUUGGAAGGAUUGUGCCGAAUUUGAUAUCAAGAAAGCACACAAACAAUGCUGCUACAGUUCUUUAUGCCUUUUUUGGCCUGCGGUUACUCUAUAUAGCAUGGAGAUCAGGUCCCAAAGCAUCCCAGAAAAAGGAAAUGGAGGAAGUAGAAGAGAAGCUUGAAUCUGGACAAGGGAAAACAGCAGCCCGCCGGUUCUUUUCUAGAUUUUGUACCCCCAUUUUCUUGGAGUCAUUUAUUUUAACAUUUCUAGCUGAGUGGGGAGAUCGGAGCCAGAUUGCAACAAUUGCUCUGGCUACACACAAAAAUGCAGUUGGUGUCGCUGUGGGUGCUACCGUGGGGCACACCAUUUGUACAUCGCUAGCAGUGGUGGGAGGAAGCAUGCUCGCAUCCAAGAUCUCCCAAAGAACGGUUGCUACAAUAGGUGGCUUGCUUUUCCUUGGCUUUUCCUUAUCGUCUUAUUUUUAUCCUCCCUUGUAACCCACCAAGCUGUGUGCUAACCUGAUGCUUAGGCGUGCUACUGCUCCUAGUUUCAAUUUUUUUUACUACUCUGCUUAUUCGUGUUCAUUAGCAUUUGAAAAUAUGUUAAUGGCUAGGCAAUAUUUGUUAUUGCCAACCUCUUAUCAUUUAUUUUGAAUUUAUUCCAAA